GAGAGACGUGUUUUCUACAGGAAACAAACCAGAGAGGGAGAGAGUGAAAAUACUGUUGUAAGCGCCGUGUUUCGUCGCAGUUUUGUGAGUGUUUUCCUGGAAGCCGACGCUUAGCGAAUCAGGACAGUCUGGGGCCCCGUUUGUUUAGACCCGGGAAUCCAAGCUAAAGGUGUUUAUUUGGUGUUUAUUUGGAGGCGCGAGGCUCGAUACUCCGCGCAGAAUGACCGUUGACUGGCCGGAUCUGCUCAUCGUUCGCGGGCAUUAGGUAAAAAAAGCAACUAUCAACACCUCGGUGUGCUGGCGAAACAAACACCACGCAUUUGUUUCGAGGGUCUUUUGGGUGGAAAGGAGGAGAGUAAUGGCAUUGCUGGCCGCCCGGAUGCUUAUGCUGGGGUUGUGGUGUUGUGCUGCUGCUGCCGCGGGAGAGGGACCGUCCACUCCGGCCACAUGCUCUCCGCUGUGCCGCUGCGACGAGGACGGAGGAGCGGACUGCUCCGGACGAGGACUGACCAGCGUCCCCACCGGCCUCAGCGCGUUCACAUAUUACCUGGACAUCAGCAUGAACAACAUCACUGAGCUGCCUGCUAAUGUCUUCAGAAACCUGCCCUAUCUGGAAGAACUACGUUUGGCUGGUAAUGACCUUGCAUUCAUCCACCCAGAGGCUCUGUCUGGCCUCCAUCAGCUGAAAGUCCUGAUGCUUCAGAACAAUCAGUUGAAGACUGUCCCAAGCACAGCCCUCAAGAAUCUCCAUGCCCUGCAGUCUUUGCGGUUGGAUGCUAACCACAUCACGUCAGUGCCUGAGGACAGUUUCGAGGGUCUGCAGCAGCUCAGGCACCUCUGGUUAGAUGACAACAGCCUGACCGAGGUUCCCAUUGGGCCCCUACGGCACCAGACUAACCUGCAGGCUCUGACGUUGGCCCUCAACAGGAUCACACACAUCCCCGACGAUGCCUUUGCCAACCUCUCCAGCCUGGUUGUAUUGCAUCUUCACAACAAUCGGAUCCAGGAGAUUGGAAAAAACUGCUUUCAUGGGCUGGACAACUUAGAGACAUUGGAUCUAAACUUCAAUAAUCUGAAGACCUUCCCAGAGGCCAUUCAGACGCUGCCCAAGCUGAAAGAACUUGGAUUUCAUAGCAACAACAUUGCAUCCAUCCCUGAGGGAGCUUUCCAAAGAAAUUCCCUGCUACGCACAAUCCAUCUUUUUGACAACCCGCUCUCCUUCGUGGGAACCACUGCUUUCCAGAACCUGUCAGACUUGCACUCUUUGAUGCUGCGUGGUGCCAGUAUGAUGCAAGAUUUCCCCAGCCUGACUGGAACAAUAAAUCUAGAAAGCCUGACUUUAACAGGAACUAAAAUCAGAAGCAUCCCAGCAGACCUGUGUGAGGAUCUGACGGUGCUACGCACACUAGAUCUUUCCUAUAAUGAGAUUGAAGUCCUGGCGUCCUUUCAGGGCUGUGUUAGACUGCAGGACAUAAGUCUACAGCAUAACCAAAUCCAGCAGAUAGACAGAGGAACUUUCCAGGGCAUGACCAGCCUUCGAGUGUUAGACCUGAGCAGAAACCAGAUCAAGUUCAUCCACAGAGAUGCUUUCCUUUCUCUCAGCGCUCUCACCAACCUGGAUCUCAGUCUGAACUCCCUAGCUAGUGUUCCUACUACAGGACUGAGUGCACUGAACCAGCUUAAACUGACCGGAAACAUGGAGCUGAGGAACGGUCUGAUGUCUAAGAGUCUGCCUAAACUCCGGUCUAUAACGGUUCCCUAUGCCUACCAGUGUUGUGCUUUUGUGGCUUGUGACAGUGCAGUUAACCCAGCGCAGGAUGACGAGCGGAAAAGUGCAUUUGGUGGUGAGGAGGAGAUGGAAACGAUUCCUCUGGUCAUGCACUGCUCACCUUCACCUGGGGCAUUUAAACCUUGUGAACACUUGUUGGGAAGCUGGAUGAUUCGAUUGACCGUGUGGUUUAUCUGCCUGGCGGCGCUCCUCUUCAACUGCCUGGUCCUUGCAGCCACCUUCUCCCCACGCACUUCCCCUCACUCCCCGGCCCGCCUCCUGGUGGCACUCCUGGCCUCUGCUAACUUGCUGACAGGGGUGUACGUGGCAGCACUGACACUCCUGGACGCGGUCACCUGGGGCUCAUUUGCCGAGUAUGGUGUGUGGUGGGAAACAGGCGCUGGGUGUCAGGUUGUGGGUUUCCUCGCUGUGUUUUCCUCUGAGUGGGCCGUCCUGCUGCUGGCAUUAGCUGCGGUGGAGCGUUGCUUGGCUGUGAGGGCUCUAAUGGGGAAGGCAGGAGCUCUGAGAUCCAGUGGCCAAAGGAGGGAAAGACGAAGGAGAUUUGGUAUCACAGCACUCUUGUUGGGAUUGGUAUCUGUUGCAGCGGCCUGCCUCAGUCUGUAUCACGGAUCAGCCAUGGGCUCUCCUCUCUGCUUGCCCUUCUCUGGAGGUCCCGGACCAGGCCUGGGGUUCACAGUGGCCCUGGUGCUAAUGAACACAUUAGCGUACCUGCUGAGUGUGGUGGUCUAUACGCGGUUAUACUGCAGGUUGGGCCGUGCCCAGCUGGCUGACCCUGAGCAGGCUGGAUCUGUCAGGCACAUCGCCUGGCUGAUCUUCACCAACUGCAUCUUCUUCUGUCCGGUGGCGGCUUUCUCUUUCGCUCCCCUGCUGGCCGGGACCAGUAAUGCAGUAGGCGGACCAGAGAUGGCCAAAUCUGUGACGCUCAUAUUCUUUCCUCUCUCUGCCUGCUUGAACCCCGUGCUCUACGUCUGCUUCAGUCCCUCCUUCAGAUACGACUGGCUUCGCCUUAGAGGACAGGGGAGGGCUGGAGGUUGUGGCGGGCUGGUUGGUAAAGCUGUUACUAAAGGGACCGUAGCAGGGGGUUCAGCAGUAUCUGAUAAUGUUGAAGGCCUGUCUAGCGACUGUGGCAUGUACACGAAGCUCCACGGCGACAAUCAGGGAAUGUGCGAACACUGUGACGCCGCUCUCCACAUCAGCACAUCUUCUUCUUCUGCUUCCUCCUCUUCCUCCGCCUGCAGAUAUUUAGUUAAGUCCCACAGCUGCCCGGCUUUGAUGGCGAACGCACCGGAGUGCUUGAGCUCAGAGGGGUACUGGCCAGACAACGGGACGCUUUCCGCUCAGUCCGAAUAUGGAGACGAGGGCGACUCAUUUGUGUCGGACAGUUCGGAGCAGGUGCAGGCGUGCGGCCGAGCCUGUUUCUGUCAGAGCCGUGGCCUCCCUCUAGUGCACUACUCUUAUAACAUCCCCCACAUGACAGACUGAGCUCACAGCCCGGAGCAUCACACACUCACUUCCUCACACAGCCCUCCAGGGUGUGGAGUGUCCCUGCUCCUCAAGGACCGAGGACGGGGAGGGGCUGGACACAUGGCUGCAGAGCCUUGGAAACACAAACAGACCAGAAGCACUUUCUCUCUUUUCACACUUGUGUGUGUGUGUGUGUGUGUGUGUGUGUGUGUGUGUGUGUGUGUGUGAUAGAGAGAGAGAAUGAAUGUAGUCUGAAUCCAUGAAAAGGGAAGCUGACAAUACAGAAAGACUCACUGAGCCAAAUGUUGUCAACAUACAACAUGUCUUGUUUUCUGUUUCAUGUCCCCCAAAUUCGGUUGCAUUAGCACCCAGGGCUGAUUGACAGUUGAUGGACACCAUUGAUCUUAUCUCCCAGUGCCUGCCUUUUAAGUUAGCAAGAAAGUAGAACGGUUCAGUUUCUCGGGGCAUUUUUAGAAAAGAAAAAUAUAUAUUUUCACUUUUAUUCUUCCAAAUGUUUGUCCUUUUGAUUUAAAGCAGGGAUGUAUGUGCCACUGUUUUUAGUGAUGUUGAUUGUUUUUCUCUCAUAAAUCCUGACUGUGGCGGGCGAUCCCGUUCUAUGUAGCAAAGUUUCUCCUUAAACUGGAGUUCCAGUACGCCGAUGAGAAUGUAAUGUACAAGUUUUAUGUUCACACUGUCUUGUGUUUCCUCAAAGUUUAUGGUGGCUGUUAUUUCUGAAAAGCAUUCAUUCCUUCCUUGUUGAUUCUACAGGUGAUACUAAAAAUCAUAAUCUUUUCCACAAUGCCCUCCGUUCAGCUGAGUGAUCCAUUUAUGCCAGUACUUUACCAACUGUUUAUUAAAAGAAAUUGUCUUUAAUUUAUCUUCUAAAAUUACAUUUGGAUGUCUUGACCAGAACGCUUCCUUAAUCACUAGUAAGUUUCUAAUAAUUUAUUGUAAGACAUGGAAAUGCUUGGAUGAAUGAAUGUCAAACUACACUUGUUUUAUUCCUGACAAGAAUGUCACUAGAUCAUUUCGAUAUGUAUUUUGUACACUGGGUAGAGUAAAAAAGGGUUUUCAAAUUAUUAUAAUCCUGUCCAAAUAAUCUGACUAUACAUCUUAUUAUAUGUAACACAAAAAAGGGGAUGCGACAGUAUUAAUAUUCUAACAAAUGUAGGAUGAUGAUGAUUAAGUUAUGGUUGAUAAACUAUAAAUGGCUGAUAUUAAUGUGAAAAUUAAAGUGAAAAUUAGAUGGUGGCAAAAGUAAUCUAAAUGUAAAAAUAGAUAGAAUAGCAUGCACAAAUAUCCAAUAUUGUUCAGUCCUAAUUUAAUACAUUUUCAAAAUCUUGAAUGCUGUGCAUCCCUACACAAACACUAACAUUCUUUGUACAAAGGUCUUUAACAUUUAAAACUUUCCUUAUGAAAACCCUUUUUUUCUUCUCUCUCUCUGCACUUUACAUCCAUACAGUAACAUUUGAGUAUAUCUGUAUGAUAUAUUGAUGUUCAAGUUGCCAUUGAGCUAUGUUAUGUGAGAUGGACAAGGGGACCAGUGUGUCUUUGUGUUCAGGAAUAUAUCAUCAUGAUUUCUUUUGUACACCUUUGUCCAUGUAUGUUCAGGAAUUUAAGUGAAAGGAAAUGUGGGUUUGUUUGCCUUAGAUACCAAGUGUCAACACCAUCCUUUGGUCUUCUAAUAUGUUUGCAGAGUGGAUGCCAUAUUGCCAGUCAUAUAAGCUCUGGCAUCAACUGACAAGCCUUGCAGGUCUUAGCUAAGAGAACUGACAGAAUUCCAAAUCGUGUGUGUGUGUGUGUGUGUGUGUGUGACGUUUAGGGAUGACAGUUUGUUGUAAAUUAUUUUUGUAGGACACACCUAAUCAAAAAUGGGAUGUGUUGUCUAACUGUGGAAGCUACCUCUUGAACCGUAGCGGCUGCCAGUAGUGAGUAGUACAUGUUUGUUACGUUUUCAUGUUUGUUUUGUUGGAAUGAUUGCUUGGCGCUGUAAAUACGUCUAGUUGUACGUUCUCACUGAAUGAGUCACGCGUUAGUAUGUACUGGGAGAAAAUGAAAUACUGUACUGUAUACAGACAUUUUUUAAACCAAACUAAACUGAAUCGCUUUAAACUACGGGAGUGUUUGUCA